AUGGAAGGGGAUGCAGUCCCUCCAAGCAUCUUGGGGGAAAGUAAAGCAGGAUAUGUCCUGGGCAACGUUGCGGAGGUCGUGGAGAGGAUUUUGACAUUUGUGCCCACUAAAAAUCUCUUCCGGGUAGCAAGUGUGUGCAGACUAUGGAGGAAUUGUGCACGCAGAGUAUUGAGGACACAGCAGAGACUGACCUGGCUCUCCGCCUCAGGCUCAUCCAUAUGCAGGGAACAUGUUUUGUUUACGACCAUGGAAGAAGACUUGGAGAAUGUCUACCUUCUGCCUCAGACUGCUCUCUUAAUGGUAGAUGGGGACUUCAUCUGGCCUUAUACUUACUUAACUGAUACCAGGAGUUGUGAUGAAGUGGUGCCAGAUCCUGUUGAGAAGCUUAGACGUAUACUGCCUAAAAACUGUGACAUCUUAGGCAUUGUUGCAGCAGGAAUUGUGGUGACCCCCAGUGGAUCCCCCAGCAGCCCCCCACAGGAGCACGAGGCGGGUGAGGCUGGUUUUAGUCUGCUUUUUCCUGCCAUGGAUGGGGUCACCAUCCAGUCAUUCCACUUCUGCAAAAAGAGCUUCAGUGACACGGCAAUGGAGGAGGCAGGGUUGAUUAAUAAUCCUGAUCUAAAGGUGGUGCUGAUGUUCAACUACAACACCUAUAAACCUGGAGGUGGACGCUUUCUUAACAAGCUACUGGAACCUCUUUCCCAAAGUAACAUACUUGUAGUCGGAGGACAGGUCGAGAGAGAGUUUACCAAUGAGCCAACCUGCUGUUCUGAAGACUCCUAUGGGGCAGUAGGUCUGAGCAUCAGCGGCUCCAAGGUGCAGGGUGCCUCCGUUCUAGUGGAACAGGACGUUAGCACUGCCAAAGGAGCCGAGGCUACUAUCCAGCGGCUGAAGGCUGCUAAUAUCCCUGAGAGAAACACUAUGGGCUUUAUGUUUGCCUGUGUGGGUCGUGGCCACAACAGCUACAAUGACCAGCUGAAUGUGGAGGCUGACGCCUUCCGGAAGAUCUUCUCCAACAUCCCACUUCUGGGAUUCUUCGGCAACGGGGAGAUCGGCUGCGACCGCAUUGUCAAAGAGAACUACACACUGAGCGAGACCGAUGCUGAUGGACUACAACACUCUUUUACAACAGUCAUGAGUCUAGUGCAUUUUGGAUAGUAAACUAAGCAUUUUCCAAAACCCCUAGUGUGCUUGGUGUUUCAGGGCAGACACCGAAUGCUUGUUGAAGGUCAGAUCAGGUAAAAAUCUCCUAGGUUCUUCUUUGUUUUAUUUCUAAAAUCAAAAUAUCAAAUUUUUAGCUGGUUUGGUUAAGCGCUUGCCAUGACCUAAAGGUAGUGGAUACAACAGCACUGGCAUCAGAAAUCAACUGGAUAUUAAAAGCUUGUUUAUUAGCAUGCUAAUUUUGAUGUCGCUGAAGUUGGGAAAUGCUGAACGUUUGUAAAGAAUGGUUGGGAAUUAGGUUUGAAUGGCACGGUGCUAAACCUCGACCUUUGACUUGAGUUUUAUAUGUAACACUUUGUGUAGAGCAGAGCUGAAUUCUUUCAACUAAUCAGUUUUCUUGUGGGCCAAACAGCUCACUAAAGCCUUAUACACGAGUAGUUUUUAUACAUUUACAACGCACUUUGAAAAACAAAAAGCUAACUGUGGAAAAAUUGGGGAACCAUGCAGCCGUUUAACAGUU